CGUUGAUGCACACCCCCACGACCACCGACAUCUCCAUCCCUCCACACGAGAUCGACGCCAUGUUGCAAGAGGUCGCGACAUUCCUAUGGUCGUCCAAGGAGCAUCAAGGGAACACGAGCGUGUCUGCGCAGCAGCAAAAGCCAAAGAGGAAGUGGAAGAAACGCACGCGAAUGACUCCGUAUACAAUCAUUCAGCGCCUCAAGGGCGAAGUUGAAGUACUUACCCAACGGCGCGACACCCUUGUCGCUCGUUCUGUGCAAACUCGACACCAUUUGAAUCGACAGUAUCAAGGCUUGGACGCGAUCAUUGGCAAACUUCAAUGCGAGCUCUUCUCUCCACAAUAUUGGGCCCUUCCCCUAGACUCGUCUCCCUCUACGGGUCGCGCAAUAUCCAUUGUAUCCCAGCCCACCGACAUCCACUUCCAUCAGAUGGGCUCUGUCUUAGCCAAGUAUGGCCUAGUACCCAACGUUCCCAAUCGUCUUAUACAUAGCGUCCUGACACCAGUGGCUGGAAAGCACACCCUCGUGUACGCCCAAACCAACUACGCGCCCGCACCUGCGGCCACAUAUGCGAAUGUGUACUGGAACACGUUUACGCGUAAUCUGCCGUUGCAAUUACCUGGAUUGCGUGUCGAGCUGUUAAAAGUUCUGGACAUGGACACAAUGCUCGUCCAGCAAUACCAUGACCAAGUCGUUCGGUACAUUCAACGGCGAUACCAAGUAUCCAAGGACCGCACGGUAUUUGUCAUGCGCUCCAUCGACCAUUCAGAUACUAAUACCCGUCAACUGCAAUGUGGCUACGAUUGGAACGAAGUGACCUGUACUCAUGUAGUACACCCUGUAGGUGUGUCGUGGACGCGCUCUCCGACUCGACAUGCUUCGUUUCUACUUGUGCUGAAGUAAACUUGACGUUUACGCAAGGUUGGGGGUUCCAAGGCGACUUUGCAGCGCAAUUGACAACGAUCAAGGAUACGGUGGCGAGUUAUGUUGGUGACCUCGUGGCACCUUCACAACAACAUCAAGAGGCGCUUAGACUUGAAUACGUGUAAGCUGAAGUCGAAAUUUAAGUUUGAAUGUUGGGGCAAUUGGAUGUCGUUGUUACAGUACUCCCUCCCCU